AUGGACCGUCUUGAACUAGACGGGCUCUCCACGCCGAAGCCCGUGCGGAAACGCAACCGCCAGCCGCUUAGCUCGCAGUCGCACGAGGUUGCGGCAAUAAAGGUGCGCCUUGCGCAGCUGGAAAUGAUGAUGGCCGAGCACAAAAUGAGCCCCGAUGAAGCAGAGAAUGGCGUCGCGCAUAGACCGCUGAAAGCAACGAAUCUUGGAAUGGUCGCGGCUGAUCCCGUGCGUGUUCUAAACAGAGAGCCGCGUGCGGAAGCGCUUUCAGUCACCGACACGGAAGCCGAAGAUGCUGCGUUCGUUUUAGAGGGGCUGAACAUGAGUAGCGCCAUGCCGUUACAAGAACACCGUGGGGGCUCAGUGAUGCAGCGUGCAUUUGGCGAGAGAGGCGCGGCGGCCGGGGAGGAGCUGGCACGGGAAGGGUUUGUAGACCCCAUGGAAGGCCCCAAGAAUACCUUUUCUAAAUGCCUCGAACGCGAAAACAGCACUAAUGACGAAGUACAGCCGGGAGAGGACCCAGUGAAUCAGGCCGAUGCCGUGCUGCACAAUUCCAUGUUUGGGCACGACACCGGCGAAGCAUGUCCAGUGCGCACAGCUUGUUUGAGCCAAGGCUUGAUGAAGCCGAGCUACAUGACAGAGUCGUCUCUCGGCUGGGGCUUGGGAUGGGCGUUUGCCGCUGCGGAAGAGAUGCGGCGUGCGGAUGUAGUCAAAGGCCGGAGCUUGAACAGUGGCGAUAUACCCCCGGCGAACUCUGGACGGCUUACCGUAUUGUGUGUGAUUAUGCAUACACUCCCCACGUUUGAGCAAGCUUUGCACCUUCUGGAUAUUUUUGAGGCCCGCGUUUUACCGUUUGUACACAACAUUAUUCACUUUCCAACGUUCCGCAAAGAGGUGGCCACGUUUUACGCAUUGGAGGACAUUGUAAAGCAAGCAAAUGCAGUCGACCACGUCGACACCGCUUGGCUUGGCCUUCUGCUCAUGGUUUUUGUGAAGGCCUUGCGGUUCCGCUCUAACGCCGAUGCGGCGAGAGAAGCUGCGCUGGGAAGGCUUACCAACCCUCGCAACAUCCACAUUUGGUUCAGUGCGACGAUGAGCUGCUUGGUCUUGGGCGGGUUUGUCGGCUCGUCAAGCAUGACGGUGCUCCAGACUAUUUUGCUAAUGAUGUUCCAAUGCACGCACACGGCAAAUAAUUCCACUUCUCUACUGCGAAUUGCUAUUGCCAACGCUCAGAGUAUGGGCAUGCAUCGGCUGGGAGAUAAGGCGAAACAAGUAUCUGGAGCGUCGCCAGAGUAUACUAUUCGCCACGAAGUUGCCAAGCGUAUUUGGUGGUCGUUGGUUAUUGCCGACUGGCAGUUUUCGUUGGAAUGCGUUUCCCCAUCGGCCAUUCAUCCCAAUGCAUUCAACACGCCACCGCCGGGCAACUAUAAUGACACCGACUUGUCCGAGUCUCCCUUACCCCUUCCUUCGACUGGAUUGACAGAUAUGUCAUACACCCUGUCGACCAUUGAGCUCGCCAAAGUCACGCGAGAACAUGCAGACAUUGUCAGCGAUCUGGAGAUGAAAGGGGCCACCGAGGGUACACAGCCCAAGAUGACAUGCGAACAGGUGUCGCGUUUAGAUGAAAAAUACCGCACUGUGCUGGACAGUGCACCGAUCCUUACAUGUACCACCAGCGAAGUAACUGAAGCGUUGGAGGUGCAACGAUGGACAUUGCAGCAUUCCAUCUUUAACAGACUGCUGAGUUUGCACCGUGCAGCGCUCAGCCAUAAACGUGCACGGAAUUGUUGCGUAGAGCUCGCACGGAAGGCACUCUCCAUGCAAAAGGAACUCCGCUCGAGGAGCGAUUUGGGAGACAAACUUAUUGUCAAUGUACUACAAAGCUUCUCCGCCGCCAUGCUCCUCUGCUUGGAUCUCUUGUACUCUCUGCCCACGGCCAUACAGCGCCAAACCAUUCGGACAGAGAUUACAGAGGGGUUGGACGCCAUGUCGCGCGCCGCAAAGGAUACAGGCUUGCAGCCGCGUGGAAUUUGCAUCAUUGAAAUUUUGCUGGAGGAGGAGGAAAAGCGGUGGACUUUGUUCCAGAAAGACCCACAGCAAUUUCAGAGUUUGGACUCGGUCGGGCGGUACCGCAAGACGAACCUGCUCAACUUAGCACUUCGCGUUGCGCGCAUGUCGCGUGGGAAGCAGGAAACGAAGCCGUUGCCAUCGGAUGAGGCCAAUGGCGUGGAUGUCCUCCCGAUAUGGAAUGCAAAGCGCCAGCCUGUGUCGAUUCAGUACGCAGCCCCAAGCAAUGAAUGGGAUGCGAUGCAGGACCCUGCGCUUGGCGCAUUUCCUCCGCCGCAGCCGACUGUGAUGGAGAAAGAUUUGAAUGUGCAGGAAAUGGGUGGAUUUACACACGAUUUUGUUACGCAGGACGGCGAAGUAAACUGGCAAGCGUUAAUGAACAGCAAUAUUUCUGCCCCAGAAAAUGGGAUGCCCAACUAUACAUUACCGCAGGUCGGAGAGCAGGAUUUAGCGCUGCUGCAGCAGCUGCAGCCAAAUACAUCACCGAGUGCAGGUUCGGCAAGUGAUCAAAACAACCUUUAUCUUCCAAGCCUCAGUCACUCUAGCAGUCCAAGUGAAAACUCGAGACAUCAGGGAAAUUCAAUGGCUGUCCAUAUGGAUGCUGGACCGGCCGAUGGAUUUUGGGACUGGGUGUUGAGUCAAGGUCUUCGACCGGAGGCCCCCUUCACGGGUCAGCAAAUGCCAGAGACUACAGGACAGGAAGCCUAUCCUACAUUGGAAGAUACGAUGGUUAAUGACCCGCUCUCAUGUACACCCCAAGUUGAUAUGGAUUCUUUUCAGGAUGCGAAUACGAAAACGGGUUCAUAUGUUCCUGGAUUGACCCCUAUCGUGGCUCCGGUGCUUCCAACGCAGCACGUAAGUGCAAAUUUCUAA